GCGUUGUACAGCAUGGGGGGUUUCGCUGCCAGGAAAAGGAGCCCUAACAUCCCUAAGCUUCUGAUGGAUGGGUGACUCUACCACCUGCACUACAGCCUUGCUUUAGGAACCCUAAGGAAUGUCACAAUGACAUCCGAAUUUUCUAAAACUGGCGAUGAUCGAACCCUCCAAAUUUCUUGUCCGCACCAGUCAGAGGAGUCCAGACCAACACUCAUGGUGACGAUCCCUGCGACAGACCCAAAUAUUAAUUAAACUCAUCCUGAUAGCUUCGUACGCCCCCAGACCAAUCCCACGGGGCAAAUUACGGGCCUCUUUUGACCCUAAACCCGAUCCUGCUAAGAAUACUUCCCCUGGCCCAUUCUGGCCGAGGCCGGAGGGUACCACGCAUGUGAGCUUCAUUUGCGUCCGGCGUGUAUAUAUAGAGUCCCUUCGAAGCGCCUCGAUGGAAGAAACCACAGAUCAGAGCUCUCCAUUCUUUUGGCUACGUUCUUCUCAGCUUCUCCGCACUACGGCACUCGUUUGGACUUUGCCAUUAUUACAUAGAUUACCUUAAUCUUAAUUCAACCUACCGUCUUUUUCCAUCACAAUGAAGUUCUCCGCCAUCUUCACUCUGGGCCUUGCCGGUACCGCCCUGGCAAACCCCCUCGUCGCUCGUGCCGGGCCCACCGACAUCAUCUCCGACAUCAGCAGCAAGACUGAUGCCCUCGACUCAGCCAUCAAGGGCUACAGCGGUGGUGACACCAAGAAGAUCGAGGACGCCUCAGCUGACUUGGUCUCCACCAUCACCAAGGGCACCGACACCAUCAAGGGUGGUCCCGAUCUCAGCACCAGCGACGCUCUCGGCCUGACCGAGCCCGUCCAGGCCUUGACCAAGAAGGUCCAGCAGACCGUCGAUGACCUUAUCGCUAAGAAGGAUGAGGUCGUCAAGGCCGGCGCCGGUGGCAAGGUGAAGGAGUCCCUGAACGCGCAGAAGUCUGCUGCCGAUGGCCUGGCCAGCGCCAUCUCCGGCAAGGUCCCUGAGAGUCUCAAGGAUAUUGCCAAGCAGCUUUCCGCUGGUAUCAGCAACGCCAUCCAGAAGGGUAUCGAUUCGUACAAGGAUGUCUCCGACGGCGGCUCCUCUGCCACUCCCUCCGCCAGCGCCACUGGUACUGCCAGCGCUACUAAGACCGGGGGCGCUACUGCCACUGGCACCUCCACCCGUGUGAUCCCCACCUCCUCCGGUGCUGCCAGCUCCUCCUCUGUUCCCUCCGGCUCCGCUACUGCCACCCGCUCUGGCUCUUCCUCUGCCACUUCUCCUCCCUUGCACACCGGUGCUGCCAACAAGGCCACCAUCGGCUACUCCCUUGGUGCCGUUGCCAUGGCCGCCAUUGCCGUCGCUGUCUAAGCGGUGACUCUCAUGGGAGGAUGAUCUCAUCGUCCUAAAUUACCCUUCUUUUUGACGAUGGUGACGAAGACAAGCGCCAUGACCACUUGGAACGAUUAGGAAAGCAAUGGGCUUGCUCUGUAUAUUUUAUUUCUGUCCCACCAAUUAAUGUAUCGGGCUCUGCCUGUAUAUACUGCGGCUGAAUUGUUUUGAUAGUCUAGUAAUGGGAUUAUAUUCUGAGAAUUUGAUGGUUUUGAUUCCCUUGUUUUAUAUGGUAGCACUUCCCGGCUCGGAGGAAUAAUUGCGGAGAAGAAAUUCCCUUUCACUCCCACAGUCUUCUUGCCAAGUCGAAUGGUUUUGUCUAGCCCUUUUAUAUAAUGUUAAAGAAAGAUUCCUACCUCAUAACAGCAGCCGGGCUAGCUCAAUCGG